UUUUUAAAUCACGUGAUCGCAAGUUGCGAAAGUCAAAAUGGCGGACGUCUCAUGAGAGUGACCGUUCUGUUUUAGUAUUUCUCAACUUUGGAAUGUUAUUAACAAGUUUCACUGAAUAAUAUCGCAAGAGAGAAGAACAUUUCAAAAUGGACUCGUUCCAACGAGAAUGGAUAACAAACUUUUUACACUCGUUUCCUCAUGUUACUUUCUCUUUUAAACUUAAUAAUUCGACAUUUAACCCAGAUGAUGUUGAAUACAGAGAGUCAAUCAUAUUCCUAGCCAUAUUACCAGUAGUGCUGUUUGUGCUGUUCUUGAUAAUCAGUUUAUGUUGUACAUGUUACCAAUGCAAAAAAGAGAGACCACAGAAAAGAGUGAAGUCAUGUUGUCCAGCUGGUAUCAUUGGAAUCAUUAUAUUUGUGGCCAUAGCUGCAGCUGCUAUUGGUUUGUAUGGAAAUGAAAAGACUGAUGAUGGAGUCAACGACUUUAAUGAUGCAGUUAAAGAUGUAAAUAAAACAUUGACAGAAGCUCUCAAAACUAUUAAUAGAAUGCAUGGUAUUGCUACAAAUCUAGCAGACAGAACUAUUCCAGAAUUGGAAAGGGUUCUACUGGACAUAAUAUUGAACCAAACAGUAAAGACACAGAUAGGCGCCUUUACCAAAGACAUGUUAGACCAGUCUACAAAAGCCAAGACAGAUAUAAAAAAUUUAUUAGAUAGAACACCUGAUGUCAACCUGGAUUUUAUAUCUGACAAUACAACCACUGGGGAAUUUAUUAGAUGGACAACAACAGUAGUUGUAUUGUCUGUGAUACUGUUUGUAUUAGUGGUAUCAUUGUGUGGUUGUUGUAAAAGAUCAAGAUGUCUCCUGGCUACCUCCAUUUCCUUUGGUUUCCUUAUCCUGUUCCUCUCCUGGAUAAUGAAUGGAGUAUACCUAGGUGGUAGUGUGACAAAUGCAGAUUUAUGUGUGGAUCCAGAAAGUUUUAUAGAAAAUGUUGUCAAUGAGAGAAUAGAGAAAGAAAUAAUCAAAACAUACAUAAAAUGUAAGGACGAUGGAGCAGCUGGCAAAUACUCUCAGGACAUUUCUGAAGCUUUAAGUGCUGUGACUUUAGCGAAUGAAACAUUAUCAAAGAUUUAUAAUGUCAGCAUUAGUUUAAGUAUACUUCAUAAAGUAGAACGGCCCAUAACAGCUGUAAGAACACAAUUGAACUAUGGUUUUGGAAAUCUAACAGCUCUCAGUAAUGUGUUCCAGUGUCAGAGGACACAUGAUAAUUACUUAACCAUCAAGGAAGCAGUAUGCAAUACAGUAAUAUUCAACAUGUCCCUGAUAUUGGCAGCAUUCCUUUUGUUAUCUUUCCUAUUAUCAUUAACACAGUGUAUUCUUCCUAAAAUGUGGCAUCUCAGUGGCAAAAGAAGAGGAACUGGAUACAGACCAGUGGAUGAUACAGACCCAUUUGUACCAAGGCCACCUCCAUAUCAGGACUAUGGAUCAUUGUAUGGUAUAGGCUCUCCACUUGGACCUUCAAACAGUGAUGCAAUCAAUAUGACAGGAGGACCACCUCUAGACUCACCACCACCUGCUUACUCUGUACGUGGUUUUGGUGAGAGCAGACAUACCAGAAGUCACAGUACAACUUCAAGCGAAACAUGAUGUACAGAGUUGAAAACUGAGAAACUUGAGAUUAUAAAGACUAAUUUUUACUGAUCCCUCCACCUAAGUGGUCUUGUAUAAACAUUUAGUAUUCAGUAAUGAAUGUGUUCUAUAAGAAAGAAGUUUUUAAUGAUCUCAUAAUGAGGGACAUAUAUGAAGGGCUUUCAUUAUGACUUGUUAUGCAUUUGUAUAUUUAAUUUUUUGCACUUUUUACAUCUUGCAUCUUAUAAUCAAUUUUUCAUUUAUUUAACAUGAUGUUUUUUCAUAAAACAAGAUUGUUUUUUUUAAAGUAUUUGCUCAUUUAUCUCCAUAAUAUUUUUUUUUUAUUAAUUUUCCCCAUUUGAUAUGUAUCCAUAAUUUAAUUAAUUAUUCAGGGUAUUAAAUACACUCAAUGAAAUAUAUAAUUUGAAUUUUUAUUUAACAUAUUUUAUGAGUUUUAUUAACUGUAUGAUAUAUUACUGAUGAUGACUAGACAUCAAUAAAAAUUAAUUUAUAAAGAUUUACCAGUUUUAUAUCAUCUUAAACAAUAAUUAAAGCAAUACUCCAGUUAUUUAUAAAUUUACAAAUAAAUAUGUGCUUUGAAAGUAAUAGUUUUUUUUCUUUAAUUUGAUAGUUACUUUUGUUAAUUAUAUGCCAUUUUGUUUAUCUUUUACAUGUAAUUCAAGUUAUUUUCAUUUUUGCAAGUUUUUAGCUCACCUGGGCCAUUGGCCAAAGGGCCAAGUGAGCUUUUCUCAUCACUUGGCGUCGUUAACUUUUACAAAAAUCUUCUCCACUGAAACUUCUGAGCCAAAUUUAACCAAACUUGGCCACAAUCAUCAUUUGGGGAACUAGUUUAAAAAAUGUGUCAGAUGACCCCGCCUACCAACCAAGAUGGCUGACAUAGCUAAGAAUAGAACAUAGGGGUAAAAUGCAAGUUUUGUCUAUUAUUUUGAAAACUGAUAUAAAUAGAGAAAAUCUGAUAGAGCAAUAAUGUUCAGAAUGUUGAGCUCUACCAAUAGUCCAUAUACGUCAAAACUGUCUGACAACUUCUUAUAGGAGUUAUUGCCCUAAAAUGACAAAUUUUACCUUUUUUUUCAAUCUUGAAAACUAAACUAGAUAGAGAGAAACUUUAAACUGCAAAAACGAUCAGCAAGACAAAUUCUACCAAUAAGUCUAACAUUGUCGAAAUCGUCAGUCGACUCCUUGUUAGAGUUAUUGCCCUUUGAUGACAAUUUUUACCAAUUUUUUGCGUUUUUGCCCUACAUCUUAAAGAUUAUAAUAGAUAGAUAAAAACUUACAUAAGCAAAACAAGAUCUACAAUUAAUAUUAUAUUGUGGAAAUCAUCCGACGACUCCUUAUUCGAGUUGUUGCCAUUUAGUGACUAUUUUCACUACUUUUUUUUUGCGUUUUGCCUUAUAUGAUAAAAAUUAUAAUAGAUAAAUAGUCCCUUUAAAUCACAAAAAUGAUCAGCAAGUUAUCUACUAACAAGUCAAAUUUUGCCGAUAUAGUUAGUAGACUGUCACUCUUUAUAGGAGUGAUUGCCCUAAAAUGAGGAUUUUUUUUACCCUCUUUUGUGUUUUGAGCAACAACUAAAGAAGAUAGAGAGAAACUAAACAGUUUAAAUGAUCAGCAAUACAAGAUCAACAAAACAGAGAUUUUUGUCAUGAAUUCUAUUAUCGUCUCACAAUGCUGGAGAGUGUCCUUUGUUGAAUAUGCACAUAGACCAAGGUGAGUGACAACGGCUCUUUAUUUUCUAGCUUUUGCAUCAUUUUUAUUCAUUUUCGACAACAAAAGAUGUGAGACAACAUUUUAAUUUACUAAAAGAGAAUAAGUAGUGAAAAGUGUUGUAUAUUUGUAUAUAUAUAUAUAUAUAUCUGUGAUUGACUUUUGCAUGUUUUGUUUUUUUUAUUAUGCACUGUACUUGUUUGGAUAUUUUUUUAAGGUUCCCACGGUCAAACUUUUGUUGCAUCUGUUGAUCUCAAAUACAACUAAAAUGGAGAAGUGGUUAUAAUCUUUUUUUCACAAAAUUUGUCAGUGUGCUUCAAGUAGUAUAAUGAAAGAAGGAACCAAAACAUUUCUGUCUUAAAAAGUCUAACUGGUAUUUACCCUGUGUAUUAUACAGGAAAUAGAUGAUUUCACAUAGUAUUAUAAGAAUUCACAUCCAAUGUUGGCAUGUUGAAAAGGGAUCAAGAAUAAAAAUAAUAUUUUACUUUUUUCUUUUCUAAAAUACUAUUAAAUGAAUGCUGUUGAAUAAGAGGCACAUUUGAAUAGAAUGCAUGUAUAAAAAUACCUUGUAAAUGAAAAAAAAAAUUGGUUGAUUUUAAAGUGUUAUUUCUUCAAAACUUACAAAUGUCACAUAAUUAGUUUUUUAUGUAUUAACUAUUUAAUGUUAUUACUGUGUACAUAGUAUGACUAUUAUGACUUCAGUGUUAAGUUUAUUUCAACAAUCAAGAGAUAUUUUUUUAUCCAGAAAUUUAAGAAUCUUCAUUCAAUCAUAUUUAAGCAUUUAAAAUAUUUAAAGUUGUUUAAUUUUCAGUUGAUUACCAACAUGUCCAAUUUGCAUGCUUAAUCUUGCAAAAGUCUGUGGUAUCUCUCAUUUACUGAUAUUUCACGUUUUAUAUGAUAUAUGUCUUACAAAUUGCUUGAAAAAUUCUGUGAUACAACUUUUCCUCUUGUUCAAUUAUUUUGAAUACAUGUGUAUAAAAUUUUAUUUAUGGUUAUAGUUUGCUCAUAUUUAAAGACUGGGCAUCUUUUCAUAUAUUUUCUAUAACAUAUAAUUAUCUUCUAUCUGCUUUAUAUAUUUAAUAGGCAUAGAAAAAAACUAUUUUUUUUUCUUUAAAUAGUGGAACUUUAUCUUUUCUUCUCUGUAUUUUUCAUGUAACUAUGACUAUGCUUCAGAUUUAUUUAAAAUAAAAUUUAUGUCUAGCUAAUAUUUUGUAGUUGAUAUGUUUGUUUAUGAAUUAAAAUAAUCUUUUUUUUCAACAACACUUUUUAUAAAUCAUACUUCAAUAGAGGCUUGCCAGAUGAUUAGUUUAAUAGAUUUGAAAUAUUGUACAUUAGAUUAAUAUUGCAAUAAUGUUUGUUUUACAUGUUAGCUGUAUGGAUUGGUACUGGAUUGUACUUUUAUUGGAAGUUGAUUAUCUGCAUGGACAUUUUGUGUUAAAGUGAUAAACAAAUGUAUACAGUUUAUUUCUAAGAAGCAAAAAACUUAUAUUAAGGGCUGUAUCAUUUAAACAUACAUGGUAUACAGAAAUUGUACUUUCAACAUGGGUACCACCUAAAGAGCUAAUUUUAAAAUUCACUUACACUUUACAAAAAAGUUUUUGCCAACAAACUGUAGUUGAGCUUUCAAAGAGUGUCCCAUGUAUGUUUAUAUAUCAGCCCUUUGAGAACAUUUAUAGCAGGAAAAUGAAAUAAUAUUUUUUCUUCAUAUUUAAUAUAGAUUUUAUACAGAAAUUAUCCUGUAAUUAUGAAAAAGUCUUACACCAUAAACCAUGUCUGUAUUAACUGUAAAAAUGUUUGAUUUUGGAUACUUUACCUAAGACAGAUUUCCAUCUGACAGCUUUUUAAAUAGCUCUAAAUGAAAACAACUUUAAAAGGAUCAUUGUAAGAAAAACAGUCUUAAUUUAUUAAUCUGUCUCAUCUCCAAACUUAUUUUUGGAAUAGUUAACUAUUUAGAAUUCCAGUCUAACUAGAAUGUCUCUCAAUUCUCUAUGAAUUAUUUACCAGUGUUGUUUAACAGCAACGCCAAUUUACACAUAUGCUGAAUUAUUUACCAGUGUUGUUUGACAGCAAUGCCAAUUUACACAUAUGCAUUGAAAAAGCUGUAUAUCAAAUAUAGUUUAACAAAUUGAUACUUAUUUCAUUUGUCCUUUAUUAUACCACCAUGUCAACUUGCUUAUGUCUGAUAGUUUUCCUGUUAAUCCGUCCCCUAAAAUUUUGUCACAUUUUUAUCAGAAAGUACAAAUCCUAAAACUUAGUCCAGCUUCCUUUGAGCAUGUUUUUCAGUGUGAUGCAUUUUCAGAUUCAUUGCUCAUCAACUUCCUGUUCACCAAAUACAUAUAUAUUAUUUCAGAUAUUGGCCAUGUAUGAAAUUUUCUUCACAUUUUUCUCAGGAACUACAAAUCAGGGCUUUCUGAAAUUUGGAACCAAGCUUCAUGUGAGCAUGCUUAACUGUGUGAAGCUUUUUCACAUCCAUCACAUAUCAACUUCCUGUUUACUGAUUACUAAUAGCUGGAUUAUCAUUUAGUGAGCAAUAGCUCACAGUUCAACUUGUUAACUUGAAAAAAUCAUAUAACCAUAAAAUUUCUUGUGAUCAGAUGAAAAAAAAAUUAUAUUGAUAUUUUUUUAAUUAUUAACUAAAGAAAAUUGAUCUGGUAAAUAUAUAAAAAAUAUACGGUAUUUUAUUUGAACAUAGAAAAAUAAAUAAUAUAUAAGAUUUUAAGGAGGAUAGAAGAAAUACACACUAAAAAUUCCUAUAUAUGAUAUACUUACAAUUACUUUCAAAGAAGUGCUGUGUGUUUGUGUUUUAAGAAAUAAUAUUAAUAUCAUGCUUUUAUUAAUUUUAUCAUAUUUAAAAUACACAAAAAAUGCUUUAUUUCAUUUUGUAUGAAAAUAUUCAUAUCUAAUAAAACUAUUAAUGAUGAAUUAUAA